AUGGAGGGGCUGAGGUUGCUGCUGGUGCUGGGAGCUACCCUGCUGCUGGGAGCAGAGUGCAAAGGUCCUCUGGAGACACCCACAUUUGGGGACAUCUACCAUGUUACAGGAGUCAUCAGCCUGCCCUACGCAGAGAUCAGGGAGCCCUUUGAAGCCUGGUACAACCUCACUGCGGGGAAGAGCCGCAUUGAGUACUACGGUGGCCAAGUGGUCACCUACCAGUUUGGCUCCAUCGAGCCCUUUGGCGCCAGCUUCAAGGUGACACCUGAGACUACAGAGACAGAAGUCAAUAUCCGCAAGUGCUUCCGCAUCAACGGCACCAACGGGGACCUCAUCACCCCUCAGAGCGUCUUCCCCAGCCUGGAGAACUUCAAGUGGGUGCGGGAGGAGCGAUUCCGCGGGCAGCGCUGCUCCGUCUGGCAGAACGUCUCAUACUGGGGUCACAAGAAGAAUGUGUACACCCUGCGGGUGGGCAGCUCUGCCCACGGCCCUGUGCCCCUGCACUAUGAGGUGAGGGGCUUCAACAGCCUCCUGGGCUCCCACUAUGACAAGUAUGAGAUCGACUACUCCUCCUUCAGCCACCGAUUCCCACCCAGUGUCUUUCAGCUCCCUGAGGGUGAGUUGCAGUGUGAGCAGUGGCCCACAGCCAGCCCCGAGCACCGUGUCGUGGCCAACCCCAUGCAGGAGUUUGUGGGGAAGGGGCCAGAGACAGAUCACAUCCACCAUCACCUCUUCCACCGCUACAAGGAGCAGUUUGGGAAGAGCUACGACAGCGAGGAGGAGCAUGAGCAUCGCAAACACACCUUCAUCCAUAACAUGAGGUUCGUGCACUCGCGGAACCGCGCCGCGCUCUCCUACACGCUGGCGCUGAACCACCUGGCCGACCGCACACCCCAGGAGCUGGCAGCACUGAGGGGACACCGCCACAGUGGAGACCCCAACAAUACUGGUGUGCUGACCCCCCUGUCCCAACAAGUCCUCAUCGACUGCUCCUGGGGCUUUGGGAACUAUGCAUGUGAUGGGGGUGAGGAGUGGAGAGCCUAUGAGUGGAUCAUGAAGCAUGGUGGCAUCGCCAGCACCGAGUCCUACGGGCCCUACCUGGGGCAGCUGUCACACUUCCUCCUUCCCCCUCACCGGGGAAAUGAGACAUCAGCUCUGGACCAUGCAGUGCUGGCCGUGGGCUAUGGGGUCCUGCACGGCAGGAGCUACUGGCUCAUCAAGAACUCCUGGUCCACAUACUGGGCCAACGAUGUCUACAUCCUCAUGGCCAUGAAGGACAACAACUGUGGUGUGGCCACUGCUGCCUCCUUCCCCAUCCUGGCCUGA